AUGGGCGGAGCAAGUCCCUCAACACAAGGACUACUCAGAGAUGUGUCGUACCGAGCCGUUCCGCACAACUAUCCCGCCCCACGGGGAUGGGUAAAGGCCCAAAUAGACAGCACCCAAGUUUUUGCAAAUUUAUCUAAGGCACAUGGCCCCUUGACAUCGCUGCAUGAAUCCUACGGCCGCCCCGUUGAUGGACACGUGCGGGACCCGGUCAUGACAGGUAGAGAUAUGAUUAUUGAAGAGACUAUAGGCCACCCAAGAUGUAGUCACUAUGGACGCUGGAUUUCGGCUUCUAGCGCCAGUUCAUCCGCCCUUGAGGGUCACAUGGUUCACAAAGGCUUGACAAGCUCGCACACCCACGUGGACAUGGACACCCUGUCGCUUGUGAAACUUUGCACACCGAGAACUAGGGGGUACCAAGUACCCCCCCUGGAGGCCGCUCAACAGGCACAGUUAAAAGUCUCUGCCAAGUGUGUGCAGAAAAUUGGCAUGAAAAUUACCUAUAAAGAGAAAGAUGGUGUCGGUAUACCUGCUACUCUUCUACGGUUGAAGAUUCUGUAUUCCGUUGCGCAAAGUGGGUCAUUAAGGCUGCUCAAGAGGAGGUGCAAAUGCAUUACCAAUACCAUGCCUUCGCCAUACACCGAUGAAUAUGGUACUUUGUUCCUAAUCAGAUAUGUGAUUGACCCUGCACUGUCUACUACUCACUGAGAUGCAUUGGCGGCAUCUCAAUGAGAUGGCAGGAAAAGGCCCGAACCCAUGCCGACGGCAAUCUUGCGUCUCAACAUAAAAUAUGGUGGUACAUUACUCAAAGGUCAUAACCAAGCCAAUUCUCCGGUAGAUGACCAGGCCGGUGGAGACGGUCCAGGGUAUUGAGCUCCUGCUGCGGCCCUACUGUGCAGG